UGAACUUGUUCACGAACGGACAGAAGGGCUGCAACGAUGGUCCGACCAAGAGUCUUUUUCGACUUUGCUGUGGAUGGUGCGCCUGUAGGAAGAGUCAUCUUUGAGCUCUACAAUGAUGUGGUCCCCAAGACGGCCGAAAACUUCCGGGCAUUAUGCACUGGCGAGAAGGGCGUUUCCCCGCUGUCAGACCGCCCGUUGUACUAUAAGAAUAGUAUUAUUCACCGUUCGAUCGCAGACUUCAUGAUCCAAGGCGGAGAUUUCACCAAGCGAAAUGGUAUGGGUGGAGAGUCCAUCUACGGUGGCCCGUUUGCGGACGAAGACCUCUCUAUCCCACUAGAUGCUCCAGGACUUCUUUGCAUGGCGAAUAAGGGGCCUAACACCAACGGGUCCCAGUUUUUUGUUACCCUACGUGACUGUCCACAUCUGAACGGCAAACACGUCGUAUUCGGCAAAGUCAUUCGCGGAUACGACGAAGUCAUUCUCAAGGUCGCCGACGUCCCCGUCGACGGAAAAGACCGUCCGACCGUGCCGGUCACAAUCUCCAACUGUGGCGAGCUCGAGCUGCGAAAGAAGCCUGAAGCACCUGCGCCAACAGCAGCUCGUGCGUCCUCCUCCCUUUCCCCUUCCUCGUCCGAUGGCGUUUCAUGGUCUCCUACCUCGAUCUCAUCAUCUCCACCACCUUCUCCCCCGCGUCUGUCUCCCCCGCGCUUGUCCCCACCACGUUUCUCCGGAUCGAACAUCUCGCCACCGCGUUUAUCCCCUCCUCGCGUUGGACCACCCCGUGUCUCGCCACCCCGCGUUACCCCCUCCAAACUGACACCAUCCCGUCUAUCUCCUCCCCGUUUCUCCGCCAAUUCUACACUUCCUCGUCAUUGAUGAUCCGCCGACACCAUCCCGAAUAGACAAGUCGAAAAGCGCAGCCGAAUCCGACUCCGAUGAAGAUUCAGACCGUGAUCGUAAACAUCGCAAAUCCAAGCGCCGACACCGUUCCGAUUCUCGUUCCAGAUCCCGCUCACCCGCAGACUCCGAAGACGAAGACGAGCGAGAGCGCAAACGGCGCAAGCGUGAACGUAAGGCCAAGCGCAAGCUUCGGAAGGAGAAAGAACGUGGUCGUACGGAUGCUGACGGCAAGAAGGACGAGGUCGUCGGUGAAGGGGGUGAGAGGAAGGAGACGGAGGAGGAGUAUGAUGCGAGGUUGGAGAGGGAGGAGAAGGAGAGGAUAGAGGCGGCGCGGAAGAGGGAGUUGGAGAGGAUCGCGAGGAGGGCGAAGGAGGAUGCUGAGAGGGAAGCGAAUGCCGGUGGAGGUGUUAGGUUCAAGGGGAGAGGCAAGAUGAAGUACGUCGACCCGGAACUGAACCACAGCCGUCGGUGAAAACUCAAACCCAAACUUGGGACCCGUCUCGCUUUGAACCAAAGCCCGCAUUCCUCUUCCCUUCCUCGCUUUUCUGCUCAUUUUCUUGAAAUGACGAUAUAUGGACCAUCUACCUCCUCGUUAUUUUCUUGUUGUCUUAGCUGAAUGCUCUUGCUGUCCGCUUUAAUGCAUACCCAAUACUGAUCAACCCCGCUCUGCGAUCAAAAUACGUUACCGAUUCAUUCAACUCCAAACCUCAACCUGUCGCAGAGCUAGAGUCAUAGUUAUGGAAUAUGAAAACUGCC